GAGAUUUCGAAGUAUGUACACAAAUUAAUCCUCGUACUAAAUACUUUCCACGCUAUUUUGUAUCCGACCAACUUCCGAAGGAAACCAUGAAAGAUGCGUAAUAAGAGUGGAUAUUCUCUGUUCCUGAAGCCGGGAACCAAAAUCAGUCAACAAACUAUUCCAAUUAAAGAAGAUGGUUCCAAUGAUUUGUCAUGGCGUGAUUUCACGUUGGAUAAUCGACGAGUACUUGCAACAAGAGAUAAGUGCGAGGUGUGGAGUCAACUCCACACACAUUUAGAGUGGAAACACCUGGUUCAUUCAUUCGGUGCUUCUCGUACAACUCCAAGGACAUUAAGCCAUCAGCACGGAUCGAUGGAUGGAGGGAUUGAAGGAAGGGGCCACGCCAAGCACGCUCCAAGUGAUGCGUGGUGUGGUACACAACUUCCCCAGGCUGAAUCUUCGACGGCGGAGGAGGAGCCGAUGGCAAACACACCAGACGCAUUGUAUGUAAACGUCGAUCACCGCCUGCCAGUCGCCGGCGCAAGUUGAAGAAAGUCGGACGGGGUUAGGCAAGUUGCUGGC